AUGUCAUUUGCUCCUCCCUCCGGGCCCCCGCCUCCUUCAGUACCUGAAGGAUGGAAAGCCCAGUUCGACGACCGAUAUAAGCAAUGGUUCUAUGUAGAUCUACGCACUGGCAGAUCACAAUGGGAACGUCCCGAGGGUCCAACUUACCAGGAAGACUCGCAGAGACCACCCAGCGGGCCACCGCCAUCAUACGACGCCUCUAGUCCUGGUCCUCGACCUAGUUCAGCGGCGGCCGGCGGCGACAAGAAACCUCUGGGCUCAAGAAAUCCGUACAACAGCCAGCCGGAUUCUACGUUAGAGAGCGAUGCCCGCUUAGCAGCUCAGCUACAAGCUGAAGAAGAAGCCCAGGCUCGUCGCAGAAGUCCGAUGCCACCAGCACAGGCACAAUCUGGCGCUGCGUCCGAUUACUAUGCCGAGAACUCCUCUUCCCGCGUGCAGUCCCCCCAGGGACCAUCAACGUCACCUGCACCGAAACAGGAGCGGAGCAGGGGCUUCUUGGGCAAAUUAAUGGGAAGACAUUCUGGCGGCGGUAGUAGCAGCAGCAGCGCUGGUGGUAUGGGUUACAGUCGGCCACCGCAGCAAGCAGCCUAUGGGUAUCCUCAGGCUGGAUACGGUGGCUAUCCUCCUCCACAGCAGGCCGGGUAUGGUUAUUCUUCGUAUCCGGCACAGGGUGGCUAUUAUGCACAGCAGCAGGCGCCGCAGCGGCGACACAAUGGGAUGGGAACUGCGGGGGCUGCGGCGUUAGGUGUGGGGGGUGGUCUGCUAGGUGGGUUUUUGUUGGCGGAUGCUGUGGAGGAUCUUGGACAUGACUUUGAUGGUCCGCCUCCGGGUGAUUAUGGUGGUGGUGGUUUUGAUGGAGGGGAUUUCGGUGGUGAUGACUUUGGGGGUGAUUUCUAG